ACCAUUGACACAGUCGUCUUUUUAGGAGGACCGGGAGCACAGCAGAAACACAAAUGGGAGGCGUGGAGAGUCGUUUCAACGGCCUCAUAGUGGACGGCAACGAAGAGGAGGCCUUGGAGCUGUGGAAAAGUCGCCCCGAGCUUCAGGCGAGCUACAAACCCAACGUGCCCCUCAAAUGGGCCCCUCGUCGCGACACCCCGCUCCUCAGCGCCUCUCGAGCUAACAUGAAUAAGAUAAUGAAGGAGCUCCUUUCCCACGGAGCCGAUCCGCGGGGCAGGAACGCCGACGGAGAGACGGCACUGCACGUCGUGUGCAGCUCGGCGCGGUUCAGCUCGCGCACGAACCGCCUUAGGGCCGAGCUGCUGACCAUGUUGCUUGACCGACUCUCGCCGUUCGAGCAGAGCGGCAGGCAGGACGGGGAGCUCGGCAACGGCGUGACCGCUGCCGAAGGCGAGCCUUUCGGAGUAGCUGGGGAGGUGGACCCGUACAAUCUAGCACUAAUGGAUAAGAAUAGAAACACUCCACUUCAUCUGGCAGCGACAUCUGGUUUACUGAGCUGCGUUGAGCUGCUCCUGGCCCACAAUGCCCCCCUGUUUGUCUACAACAUCGCUGGACAGACACCGUGCGAGGCGGCCGGCGACGCCAAACAACUCAUCAUUGCUAAACUCCUCGAAUCAAAGAUGGUUUUCAUGUCACAAGGAUCAGGGCCGGAGGAAGGGAAGAAGGUGGUUAUGUCCAGAGCCAGACACAGAUCAUUUUACAACACAGAGACACUGUCGAAACUGAGGGCCGACAUCAUCCAUCGCUUGGCCACUGAUCUGCAGAUCACAGACUUCAGUGCUCAAGCUCUGUUGAUGGCCUACAGCUGGUCGGAUGUUCUUGUCAAGGAGGCGUGGUCAGAGGACAGAGCAGCGGCCUGUGAGAAGGCGGGGCUAGACCAAGCCACCGUCGCCCCGAGAGACGAUACUAACAUUGACCACACCCUCUCCUCCUCUCUUUCCAAUGUUGAGUGCCACAUAUGCUGUCUGACCUACACACCUGACAACAUGGUUCAGGUCCCCUGCUCUCACCACUUCUGCACUGACUGUUGGAAACAUAAAAUUGAUGUGAAUUUCUUGAACCGACACCAGUGCACGUGAAUUGGCUGUGCAGCAUACUGCGUGCACUGUGGAGCAGAUAAAGACUUCCCUGCAAUAGUAAUGUCUCCUCCCACAAGAUGUCAUGGAAUAGCUGUACUACAACAGAUGGGUGAUAAACUAGCAAGAUUUAUCCCUCACACUUUACCCACUGUACCCACACUCUGCGGUGUGUCUAUUACUGCAGGUAUCUGUCAGGACAGAUAGAGCAAGGUCUCGGGAGAGAGAUCCGCUGCCCCGAACACAACUGCUACAAGAUAAUCCCUAACG